AUGCGCCCAUUGCCAGCCAUGAUCGGACAUCUUUUCAGCAGCCGCAAGGGCACAAACGCGUCGCACGCCGCCUCGCCCACGGUCCUCGACUCGGCCACGGAAGAAAGCCACACGCGACAUCUGCUGUAUCCCGAGUCCAACACGCUCUACCACCCCGACGGCCAGCCCUAUCCCUUGCACGCCGCACCCCUGACGCCCGGCAGCGGACAUGACGGGCCUCUGCCUGAGAUCGACCUCGACUAUCCUCGCGACUGCCGCAUCAUCAUCGCCCAAGAUGAGACUCCGGCCAUGCCCAAGGCUAUCUUGUUCGACUCCAAGCCUGCCCCCCCACGCCCCGAACCGUCCACAAGUCCCAACCCACGCGCACGAGCGUUUGGCGGAGCCAACUCCAGCACUACCAGUACUGCCAGCACCGCGGCUCCGGCAUUGGGCAGUCUUCAUGCGCGGAGAUCGUCCCUUGUUACAGAGCCUACGGCGCCACCACGCUCGCCCACUGUCGGAGGAUUCACCCGCGUCCGAACCCGCGGCAGCUCCAUAUCCUCCAUGCCAAACAUUGACGAGCAUGCUCAGCUCCAAGCCAAGGCGCAGGCACGAGCCAAAGAGUCGACGGACCUGGCCAAUAUCUGCCUCGACUGCAUGUUCGGCAAUCUGGCCAUGAACUACAGAGGCAACUCGAACAAAAUACACAUUGUGCCUCUGGACACUAGGCCCACCGACUCAUCUGUCCUGGGCACGAGCAUACAGGAUGCCACCACCUCCUUGGGCCGCGCAGAGGGCCUCCGUCGCAGAAGCCAUCUCGCCAAAUCUUUUACUCCCGCCAACCCGCCAACCGAUCUGGCACGCAACGACUCCAACGAGAGCAUACCAAAGGAGCCCAAGCGAAGGACUAUUUUCAUCACCCGUAUGUUUUCCGUCACCAUGCCAGAAGAGGACAACGACGACCGCACACCGACACCACAAAGUUCACUUCCGAAGGGCAAUGGCUUUCCUUUUCCAGCAUCAAAUUCCAAGCCGGCUGCUACCAAACCCGUGUAUCCCUCACAUGCACGAAAGAGCCCCAUGUACGCCAUCACCAUCAUCCUCCACCUGCCAAUAUCGCAAACAAUACCGAGCCUGAGACCGUCAUCACGCGGUACAAGCUUGAAGAAUCCAACACAUCUAUCCACCUCUGCCCCUGGCCAGGAAUCGCUUGCCUCAUCCUUAGACUCGGACCGGCGUGCAGGAUGGGCUUUUGUUGAUGCCAACCUUGGAGUUGAUUCACUCUUUUCAUCUUCAUUGAGCAGCGACGUCGACGAUCGAGUCGAUGUAGUGGGCCAGCACUGGGAUGUCAUCAUGCGUGCACUUACUAGUCUCCAACAUGUGGUUCAAGAGCGCAUUCUGGCGCAGUUCAAGUCGCCAAAAUCACCCGAACCGAUUACUCCGACAGGAGCCCAACAUCAACGGAGCCAGUCUUCGCGAACUAGUUUUCGCGAACCAUCUCUCCAAUAUUCUCGGAGAGCUUUGAGGCUACAACCUAAUGCCCUGAUGAUGGAUCGGGAAAUUCAAAUAGCAGCAGAACUCACUGGCAAUCGUGUGGUGAGCGGCAUGAGAAUUCCACGCGUCAUGACUGGCCAAGGCAAAUGGGGCGUGUGGCGCGAGGAGGCUAGAUGGCUUGGUCGAUGGGCAGGCCGCCGAGAGCAGAAUUUCUUCUUCUUCAACCUCUUGACGGCGUUUUUGGGCAACCACACCGAAUGGCUGAACACGCUGGGUCCCAAAUGGCAUCGCAAGCGCCACCGCGAAAAACAAAAGGCAACGGCUGGUGAGAACCUGACCAUCUCUAACCGCACUGUUAUCGUGUCUCCAGACAAGAUGGCUGCUCGAAGGCUAAUUUUUCUUCUCGCUGCUUUUCUGCCACCCAAUGCACCCGCUUUAGCGGACAGUGCCUACAUCCGACCCAGCACUUCGACGUCGCUUCGAGCCUACUCUCAGUCGCCUCCAACUAACAUGCCUCCCUCGAGGCAGCAAUCCCUACGCCGCCAAAUCAACCGCCGAGGACCGCGUAGCAAGCAAAGCAUGUCAAAUAUCCUGUUGCAGCCACCGAGGCCCCAGAGCGUACAUCAGAUACCGGUGCAGCCAACACAUGAGCGCUCUGAAUCUGCUGUGAUUGAGGCGCCUGAGCUUGUCCGACCAACAGGACACUCUCGGCGUUCGUCCGCACAUUCGGUCCGCACGAGUCUAGUGAUUCCUUCCUUGUCUGAAGGAUCCGUGACAUCAAGCAGCACAGUGACCACUUCGACAAUCAUACCCCAAGAGACAAUCCCUAUUGCUCACUUUACGUUUCCUAGGACGAAAUCAUUUGGCCCUGCCUCUGAAACAAGACCAGAAAGCAGUGACAGUUUGGCAUCUUCAAACCUGAUUAGUACCUUACAAAGAAGUGGCACAGGACAAACCAGUCUUGCAAGUAAUGAUUCGAGCAACGCAAGUCGAUGGAGUGGCUUUAUGAACUUCUGGAGUGGUCGGCGUUCGUCUUCUACCGACCAGAGUGAAUUUUUUCAAACAACAGACGAUGGUGUUGGAUAUCGGGGGCAGGAGAGGUCACGAUCGCAGCUUGAGUUAAUGGUACAGGAGCUCUCGAUGGAUCGUGUAUUUGAAAGCGAUGCUGCCGACUCCCCGCUUGCUCUUGACCCUUCCACUGAUAACAUCUCUCCCGAUACCUACUCUAACGCUGGCUGCCCUGGAGUUCCUGCUUCAGCUGCACGGCCUAUCCCUGAGCGUCACAAGACUUUUGAGGGCCACUUGAAGCUUUCGGUCAACGAGAAAGACGGUGUUAUUGAUGUUGAUAUUCCACUGCCGGAUUUCGAUUCUCCACUCCAAUCACCACUGCUAGGGGGCUAUGGAUCAGCCUCUAGCCAACCGGGUUCUAGUUUUGGUGAGUCAUCUGUUCUCUCAGUGCCACACGGUGAGCCGGAGCAGCCCGUGAAUGUUGCUGGUUGGCUCAGCCAGUUCCAUCCGGACUUUGCUGUCCAAGCCAUUAAGCCUUACCGUGAGCUUGAACGUGACAUCAAACGGGCAAUGAGUGCGGAACCCACACCUCUCAGUGCCAUCACCACCCCUAGCCUGGAGUCUGGUCCGCUUGAGCGCUGGAUCGAUAUAUGUUCUGCGCUUAUCGCUGAUACUAGCAACUUUUCUAUCAAGCGCAUAAGUCUGCGACGUUUAGUCAAACUCAUUCCAACUCCCACGUACCAACAAUCAGCCAUGACACCGGGCGUGCUCCCGGGUCGCUCUCAAUAUGGAAACCCCUACACAUCUGGCACCGUCGCGCCUAUGAUGACAGAAGUUCAUCUUGCCGAGAAGUUUGUUACGGAAACCAUCAUGGAUUUUGAUGCCACCCUCAUCGACGGUGUGGACCGUGUGCUUGCCCAGUCAGGAGAGGUAACACGCGCCAACUCGGCUCAGUCGUCUCGUUCGAGUAGCAGAAGAGGGCGCCGUGAUACGAGAGGAGACUCUGACGCCAUCCCGCACGUCGAGGUACCCCACAUAGAUUGCAAGAGCGUUCUUUUUGAAGCGCUGGAAGUCGUGGUGAAGGAGGUCACCGCUGAACGGAGUGGCAGACAUGCGUCUAAAAGUAGCAACGACAAGAAGGCGACAACGACCAAGACCGCUCUGCCAAGGACUGAAAAUGAUUCGUCGUUGAAAGAGGGCAUCCGCCGAUGGUUGACUGAGGUUGAGUGA